AUGAACGGGGGAGGCGGUGUAGACCAUGUGUUUGCCAUUAGUACUCAGAGAGGUAAAAUAAUCCAAGGUGCUGAGAAGAAAGUUGUUGAGCUCGAGCCGAUAAAUGAAGAGGAAGGGUUGCAUUCUGAAGCACCAAUUAUUAUUGAUGAGAAUCCUACUGACGAGAAGGUUGCUGAUAUUCUAGAGAUUUUGAAGGAGGCUGAUGACAAGAGCAACCAAAUUGUGAAAGGGGCUCUCCGCCCUUUGACUUAUCUUUUGAAAUCUAAACCUCCCUUUCCUCAGAGGUUGGUGAAGAAGAAAGAAGAUGCUAAGUUUGAAAAAUUUUAUAAUCAGCUAAAGCAGUUGUCUCUAAAUUUUCCUUUCUUGGAAGCUAUCGAAGAAAUGCCCUGUUUUGCUAAAUAUUUGAACGAACUGUUGACCGAGAAGAAAAUGGUGCAACAUGAAACUGUGAGUUUGAAUCACACUGUGAGUUCCUUCAUUUUAACAACUACUGCUCAGAAGAAGGGCGAUCCUGAGGCGUUCACCAUUCCUUAUUCUGUUGGGCAUCAUGAUUUUGCUCGGGCUUUGUGUGAUAAUGGGGCGAGUAUUAAUUUGAUGCCACUUCGUAUAUACAAGCAAUCAGGUCUGGGGAUGCUAAGGCUGACUACUAUGAGGUUACAGAUGGCUGAUAGAUCCAUUAAGAAGCCUGUUGGCGUGGUUGAUGAUGUUCUUGUAUGGGUUGGUAAAUUUAUGUUGCAUGCAGAUUUUGUGAUUCUUGACUGUGAUAUUAAUCGGGACAUUCCUAUUAUUCUGGGGAUACCUUUCCUUGCUAGGGGAAGAGCUCUGAUGGAUUCAGAGAAGAAUGAAAUCAAGUUACGAGUCAAUGAUGCCGAAGUUACUUUUUAG